AUGAGAGAUCUUAUGAAAAGACAAUUCAGCAUCCUAGAUUUAUCUGGAAAGAAAUUUUUGGAAUGCAAAGUAGAUACCAUGAUGAAUUUAAAAGCUCAAGGGUUGGAGCACACUGUUAAAGAUAGUAAAAGUCCCUCUGGUCAAACAACUGAUACUACCACUUCUGCAAUGACAGUUGAAAAACUUGUUACUGAACAAGAAAAGGCAAAAGCCUUAGUGUUACUAAGGCAUCAUUUACAUGAAGGCCUUAAAACAGAGUACAUGAUGGAUUUCAAAUCCGUAGUUGAUUACAAUUCAACCAUACAUGAGAUAGUAUCUAUAUUGAGAUACUGUGAUCAUCCAGUCACCGAUGAACAAAUGAUUGAAAAAACACUCACUACCUUUCAUGCAAGCAACAUAUUGCUGCAAGAACAAUAUCGUGAAAGAGGUUUUAAGAAGUUUAAUGAAUUAAUGAGUGUAUUGCUUGUUGCGGAACAAAAUAGUGAUCUUUUGUUGAAAAAUCAUAAUCUUAGACCAACUGAGUCUUUGGCCACUCAUCAUGAGGCAAAUGCAACAAGCUCUUAUCCACCCGAGGCAAAUGCUGCACGAAGAGGUGGACGUGGAAAUUACAAUGGCCGUGGAAGAGGCCGUAGAAAUUAUCGCGGACGAGGCCGAGGAUGUGGUAGAAAUAAUUUUCAAAGAAACAGGCAUUGGGGACGUACUUGUCGUACGGCCAAACAUUUGGUAGACCUUUACCAGGCUUCUGUAAAAGGCAAAGAGAAAAAUGCAGAAGCAAAUUAUGUUAAUGAAGAAACUGCUCCAUGUCCUACCCUUGAUGUGUCCGAUUUUUUCAUGGACAAUUCUGAAAUUGGAAAUGAUUUCAUCUUUGGAGAAAAUAACAAUGCUUAA